GUCAAGCUGCCUGUAUCGACAGGGUAGCCAGGAUGACUCGGAAAUAAAAAAAAAAUACCUUUGAAUGUACACGUGUAGCUGCAUGGAUGUCACUGAGAUUAUCGGGCAUAAACAACACGUCACUGGUGCGCCACACAAUCAGGAGUUAGCAGCUAACAACCUGGCAGGUGUGGAGCUUUGGUGAGGAUGUAGGGAUGAAGAAAAGAGGCGGGGUGGGAUGUUAUUUUCAAAAAAAAAAAAAAAAAAGCUAACCUUGGCACAAGGCCGCUUUUCAUUUGUCGAGGGCAGUCAUGGCGACUGGCAGCGUGUUCAUUUUGUGCAUCCUUUUGUCUCCAUGCUAUGGUGACAUCAGUGAGGACAGACCUCUCUACCUCGCCACUUCGGAGUUCGGCGUUAACCUCCACAAGCAGCUAACUGACGGUUACCAUGGCAACGUCGUCUUCUCGCCGUUGAGCGUUUACACGGCCUUGAGCAUGACUCUGCUUGGAGCUGAUGGAAUUACGAAGAAGGAGCUAGAGUCAGUGCUUGGUGUGAGACACAAUGAAAAUGUCCAUCGUCAGCUCAGUUCCAUCUUGACAUCGAUGCUCACCUCUGGUUCAGACUUAAACAUCACCAUAGACCUCGCCAACGCACUCUUCUACGACCCCAGGCAGCUAAGGGUUUCUGACAGCUACUCUCAGAACUUCUCGCAGUACUAUGGCGAGACGCUGCGAGAAAUCCAGAGACCAGACCCUGAGAGAGAGGUCAACUCGUGGGUCAAUCGCACAACCAGGGGAUCCAUUCCUGAGCUCCUGGAGACUGGCACCAUCACUGAAGAGACCACUCUCCUCUUGAUAAACACAAUGUUCUUUGAGGCUCAGUGGAAACAGAUGUUUAACCAAAAACCCACAUUUGCCGCCAACUUCACCACAGUCCUCGGCAGCAGCAUCCAGGUGCAAACAAUGAUGGGCGACGGGCACUACUUCAUAAAGUCCUUCGAUCCACUGAAUCGACUGUUCUGGAACUUCCCUACAAGGGCGAUCGCUUCAGCUUGUUCUUGAUCGUCCCGGACUCCACCCAAGAGUUGUCCAUCCUGGAGGACACUCUCAGUGGUCAGCUGCUGGAGGAGGCGGUGACUGACAUGCCCUCACCCACUCGUUACCUCCUUACCUUGCCUAAGUUUGAAGUCAGAGUCCACAGGAAGCUCACCGAAUACUUGAAGACCCUGGGACUGUCCAGUCUCUUUGACAUACAUACCGCUGAUCUCCUUCCCAUGAUGCAACACCCAGUCCCUGGACACCUGUACGUCAGCACAGUUCUACACGAGGCUCUGGUCCAGGUGACAGAAAGUGGAACAAGAGCAUCUGCGGCUACAGUCGUCCAAGUGUCAUUCAGGUCAAUGCCACGAGUUUUCCGUGUCAACCGUCCAUUCUUCUUCAUUCUUCGAGACAAGACCGAGCGGCAGAAUCUGUUCAUGGGACGAAUUACCGACCCGUCUGCUAGCAGCAAUGAUUUGCCACGAAAACCCGGAUGUUGGCUUUAACAGACAUGUUUAAGUUUGGGGCUCAUUUCUGAACUCCGGCAUCUGAACGUGGGGAGACCAUGGAUUUCUCAGAUAUUCAUCUUCUCGAGGUUAUCUGAGAUAUCUGUAUUGUGGCUCGUAGCCUUGCUAACAUGCUGCUAACUUUUAUAACUGAACUAAAAUAUAGUUUUAAAUGAUCUUAGAUUUACAUACCUCUACACUAACAAAAUUAUUUCUGAUCUUGAAUGGUAUAACUCAAGACCAAUCUCCAUCAAUAAUAUUAAGACAUAUUAGGGCAGAUUAUUUUACCAGCUAAUGAAACACGCAUAUACAUACAUAGAUUACAUGACAUAUACAUAUAUAUAUAUAUACAAGUAUUCCAGACUUUCAUCCAUUGCAUUUAUGUAUGUAUGAUAAAGAGGUAAAGAAGACUUGUAACUCCUGGAAAUUUUAAAAUAUAAUUUUAAAACAAUGUUGUAAUUUUUUUAAUGAAUUGUUGAAUCUAUGACCAUUGCAGAUGAUGAUGAUGAUGAUGAUGAUGAUGAUGAUGAUGAUGAUGAUGAUGAUGAUGAUGAUGAUGAUGAUAGUGGCUCAUUUCUUCGUAAGUUACCUCCCCUAACGUGUUUACCCUAUACCGCUUGUGCGUUUGGGAGCUCGUUUGUGACUUAUGGACGAGGUGAUAACGAGGUUCAGAGGUUAGAAACCGAGUAGGAGAUGCUUAGAAAAGAACUUUAUCGGCUGACAGACGAUUACCUGCUAAUAAAAGAGAUGACGGAGACUUUGGAGCUGAAAAUAAGACUUUGUGACUCAAGGGAAAGACAAGAUUAAGUAGACAAAAGCUUACAUUGAUAAAAACAUCGCCCUCUACCGUUUCACUAGUAAAUUAAAAAGACAAAUAAACGAUUCGUGGGUGAUUGUUGGCAAUUUGUAGCAGGAAAAUGUUUUAGUUUUUUGUUAUAAUAAGAAACCAAAUGUGCAUCUGACAAUUGUUGAAUGAAGGCCAUAAAACCACGCCCAACAUGAAAUGAAGCAGUAAACACACUGCAUUAUCUGAGAAAUAAAGGAAAGGGUGUAAACAAACAAGUUGCAGAGAGAGAGGAGGGUGAGGGUUGCUGAAAACACCGCCCACUUGUAUCUCACCUGUCACCUGUAUCGUCCUGCCACCGUUGCCGAACCUGGACUGUCAGUCUGCCAAGUG